GAGAAUAGAAAUAACCUUCAAUAAUCAGACAGCUGCCAACUCAUCUCAAUACUUCGCUAAAGACUGUCAUCAACGUAAACAGUGUUUUUGUGUAAUAUUAUCAGAUAAAUACGACAUGAAGUAACAUCUUCGCAAUCAUCUCACCAGUAUAAAUAAAAAUAUUUGGUAAAAUGACGAGUACUUCAAUAGGAUAUAAUCCUGAAAAUAAUACCAAAUUUUUGGAAUCCCUGCAAGCCGAUUUAAAAACACUCAGUUCAGAAACUAAAAAAAAAUAUCCACAAAUAAAAGAAUCAUGCGAAGAGUGUAUGGCAAAGCUGAGAACAGCUAUAAACAAUCCAGGAACUCCGAUUUAUCCUAUUGUCAAUCAAAUUCUUUAUCCUCUGGUUCAAGGAUGUGAGAGUAAGGAUGUUAAAAUUAUCAAGUUUUGUUUGGGAAUGAUGCAAAGACUGAUAACCCAGCAAGCAAUAGAUCAAAAAGGAGCUCGUUAUAUAACAGACACACUAUGGAUGUUAAUGGAGCUCGGUAUGGAGGAAGUAAAAGUACUGCAGACAGUAACUCUAUUGCUGACAAGCAACACAAUCGUCCACGGAGAAAUACUGUCGAGGAACCUAGUGCUGUGCUUCAGACUCCACUUUACGAAAGACUCGACAACGAUAAACACAGCGAGUGCUACAGUAAGACAACUAGUGUCAUUAGUAUUCGAACGUGUGAUAGCCGAAGAUGAGAAAAAUCCAAGUGAAGUUGAGAUGGAGAAAACCGUGUUGGAAGAAUUGAAAGCAUGCACCGGGCAGCCGCCAAAGGGACUGGCUCCCUGUGCUGCUGAUGCUUUUUUGAUGUUUCAGGACCUCGUGCAAUUGGUAAACGCCGACUCGCCGUACUGGCUGAUCGGAAUUACCGAGAUGACGAGGACUUUUGGACUGGAGCUUUUGGAGUCUGUCCUCACAAACUUCUCCUCUGUAUUUUUUAAGCACCCGGAAUUUAGUUUUUUACUGAAAGAACGCGUCUGUGCGUUAGUUAUUAAAUUGUUCUCACCUAAUAUUAAAUACCGUAACUCUGUACCUGCUUCAGUACAGCAAGCCACGCCUCUUGAUAAGCCGUAUUUUCCAAUAAGCAUGAGACUUUUGAGAGUUGUUUCUAUAUUAGUACAAAAAUAUCAUUCAUUACUGGUCACUGAGUGUGAAAUAUUUUUAUCAUUAAUUGUAAAAUUUCUGGAUCCCGACAAGCCAGCUUGGCAACGAGCUUUAGCGCUUGAAGUUUUGCACAAAAUGACAGUACACACUGAUCUUCUAACAAGCUUCUGCGAGUGUUACGAUUUAAAGCAACAUACCACGCAUAUUUUUCAAGAUAUAGUCAACAGUCUGGGUGCUUACGUACAUAAUCUUUUUAUUAAUUCACCUGCUGCUAGUCAAGCUGCUGGAGCCGCGGUCCAAUCAGCACAAGGAGCAGCGCCAAGUCUGCUAGCAGGAAUGCCAGUGGGCCCAGGAGUAACACCUCAGCCUGGUUUCUAUUCCCGAGGCGUCUGGCUCCCAGUAGUCGCAACUUUCUCCAGCGGUCAAGCCAAGUCAGUCUACUUAGAAAUGCUGGACAAAAUAGAACCACCACAAAUUCCUGACGGCUACGGAAUAAGUAUCGCGUACGCAUGUUUGCUCGACAUAAUAGGCUCGAUAUCUCUCGCGAUUCUAGGAUCUAAAGAGCAGAACGGCGAAAAUCGUUACAAUGCAACAGAAUCCGAGCGCAAAUUACACAUACAAUUAAUAAACUCAAGCUGGUGCGGACUAUUAGCAGCAUUGAGUCCUCUAGUCGACGCAAGUACCGACGAGACAGCUACAGAGAAUGUCUUAAAAGCGAUACAGAGUUUCGCAUCGCUCUGCGGACUGCUAGAACUCCAAACUCCCCGUGACGCAUUCAUAACAGCGAUCUGCAAAGCGUCUUUACCUCCACACUACGCUCUGACUGUCCUAAAUAGCGCACCCCAGGGGAUUCCGUCAGCUCGUCUUCAAGAACCGAGCCAGUACAAUCCUUCAACAAUGGGCGAGCAGGACUACCGCCAGCAGGUAGUCGUAGUAGGAACGCCUCUACCAACAGCUUCGCUCCCAAUCGGAGCGCAGCAAAUUUCCGUAAUGCUGACUGCCAAAAAUCUGCAAUGUAUGCGUGCGUUGCUAAUGCUAGCGCAUUGCCACGGAAGCAUCCUCGGCAGCGCCUGGCACUUGGUGCUCACGACUCUCCAGCACCUGGUCUGGAUCCUCGGCCUCAAGCCUUCUACCGGCGGAUCUUUAAAAGCCGGAAGAACAGUCACCGACACUAACGCCGUUUUAACAACAGCAGUGAUGGCAGAUCUUCCAGUGCUCAGCGCGAUGCUGAGCCGGCUUUUCGAGAGCAGUCAGUACCUGGACGACGUCGCCUUGCACCACCUCAUCGACGCACUCUGUAAAUUAAGCCAAGAAGCCAUGGAGCUGGCUUACUCCAACAGAGAGCCUUCUUUGUUCGCAGUAGCCAAGCUUCUAGAAACUGGCUUGGUAAAUCUUCCGCGAGUGGAAGUUCUCUGGCGACCUUUGACCAACCACCUGCUAGAAGUCUGCCAGCAUCCGCACAUUAGAAUGCGGGAGUGGGGUGUCGAGGCGAUAACCUACCUAGUAAAAGCAGCCUUGCAGCACAAGUACCCCCAACCUCUUCGAGACAAUCAAAAGCUUCAAACUCUCUUACUAGGUCCUCUAGCAGAACUGUCUUCAGUCAGACAUGCCGACGUGCGUCGGCGUCAACUGGAGUGUGUUCUCCAGGUUCUCCAGGGUGGAGGAGAGACUCUAUUCCACGGCUGGCCCCUAGUACUCGGCAUCAUUGGCGCUGUUUCUGAUCACCACGGUGAAACUCUAGUUCGCAUCGCGUUCCAGUGUCUUCAGUUAGUAGUCACAGACUUUUUGCCCGUCAUGACCUGGCGGUGUCUUCCACUCUGCGUCGACACGGCUGCUAAAUUCGGCUCACAAACCCAAGAGCUUAAUAUUUCUUUGACUGCCGUGGGACUAAUGUGGAAUUUAAGCGACUACUUUUUUCAAAACCAAGAAAAAUUGUGUCAUUCUUUAAAAGGCGACACCGGUUCAAUAUUCCCCGACUUUCCGGGCACGACAAACAUGCCGCCGUUUGACAAACUCUGGAUGUGCCUUUACACAAGACUAGGAGACCUCUGCGUCGAUUCAAGACCAGCUGUCCGUAAAUCAGCCAGUCAAACAUUAUUCUCGACAAUUUCUGCCCACGGAGGCUUGCUCAAUCAGCCAACUUGGCAAGCUGUCCUCUGGCAGGUGCUAUUCCCACUUCUAGACAAGGUGCGUAAUUUAUCCAGCUCUGCUAGCAACGAAAAAGUCGACACCAGCGGGAACAUCUUGAUCCACCACAGCAGAAACACUGCGCAAAAACAGUGGGCAGAGACCCAAGUUUUAACUCUAAGCGGAGUCGCCAGGGUCUUUAACACAAAAAGACAAUUACUUCAAAUGCUAGGAGACUUUCCUCGUGCCUGGUCACUUUUACUCGAGUUCAUCGAACACUCCGCGUUGAGUAAGAACAACGAAGUAUCUUUAGCAGCUUUGAAAUCUUUCCAAGAAAUUUUGUACAUUCAAAAAAACGGAGACAAUAGUGAAAGCAUGCCUGCUGGAGAGCCAGAGAAUCUUUGGUUCGUCGCCUGGCGCGUCUGGCUAAAUAUAGGCAUGGAGAGCGCAACUCCACCCAAUGACGACGAAGUAGAGCCCUAUGUUCCUUCCCAAGCAUUCCUCGCUGCGCUUGUUCAGAUAUUUCCUGCAUUAUUCCAGCAUAUCAGGAAGAAAUUCACGGGAUCAGAUCUCAAAAAAUUAUGCACAGUCUUGAAGAACGUCGUGCAAGUUCCAGUUCAUGGAGAAUCGACCCCGUAUAUUCUCCCGACGGUGCCAGACGUCGUGCUGACUCAGCUGCAAGACGGAGUGCUUCAUUCAAUGGAGCUUCUUCAGAAAGAAGCGCUUACAGGCGCUGACAAUCUUCGAACUAUGAUCGGGUCGAUAUUUUUGCAAUUGCUAAAUUUUACAAAACUCGCUUGUCACGCGCCUACUUACGGGAAAUUGACAACGAAGCACUUGUCCCAAGUAAGAGGCAUGUCUGCUGACUGGGUGAGUAUGAACUACGUACCUUUUGGAGAGAAAGCUUUAACUAUGGUGGUUAACUUGUAUCAAAAAACAGCCGCAGAGCAAGUUGUGAUUGAUGAAGAAAUUUUGAAGCACAUUAUUGAAGCACUGAGAGUUCCCUUAGCGAUGAAGUACGCCUGUCCUUCUUCCACCACGUGGAAGCUAGCUGUGACAAGUCUCCUGGCUGUUUUACACACGGGCUUGCCUUUGGCUAGGAUGUAUCCCGAAAAAUUCCAAAGCAUGUGGCCGGUUUUGGCUGAUACUAUGGACGAAUUUUUGUUCCCCAAGAGUGUGGUUAAAGUCGAGAGGAACAUUGAUGAGAUUCAAGCUGAUGAAGCGGUUGAUUGUCAAGUUAUGGAGCUGCUCAGAGAUAAAGUUCUGCCGCAUAGUCAACACAUACCGCAUCAAUUUAUUUUAAGGGUGAUCAUGUUGCUGAAUAAAGGCUCGAUACACUCCGCGACUUCUACGAAUAUUGAAAUGAACGGAGAGACUAAAUUAAGGGAAGAGUUUGCGAAGACUUGCUUUGAAACUCUGCUGCAAUUUUCGUUACUUGAAGGGCUGAAUAAUGUUCCCGAACUGUCGAUUGAAAAUAAUACUAAAGAUUGUGAUGAAGGCGGCAUCGCUGGACGGUUAGCUGUCACUGCUCUGCUUCACAGAUUUCAGGAGGUCCUUUGGCGGUACAUCGAAGACGAACGACGAAGUAGCAAGUGUCCGUUGCCUCGGUACAGAAUGUCAGAGAUUUCGUUUGUAUUGAAGGCUGUUGCCACUCUUGUAGUUUCUCUGAAAAAAGCUCCGGCUAAUAAAGUCGAAAGGUCUGUUUGGAUGCAAUUAAUUGAACUUUACCCUUGUCUAGUUGAGUGUAAUUUGGCGACAGCUUCUCCACAAGUUUCUAGGUCGCUCAGAGAAGCUCUUAUGCAGUAUCAUGAUUUGUUAAGACCUCCUCCUGAUAGUCCGCUUACGUCGAAUGGUGUUUGACCUAGGCAUUCUGUUUUAUUAAAUUAAUAACGCACUAUAGUUAUAUGUAUUGAUAAUCCUAGAUUGAUAUUGUAGAUUUAAAAUUUAUUUAUUAAUAUUUAAUAUUAUUUUUAUUUGAUUUAAAUUGAAAUUAUAUAAGAGGUCAUUUUUUUAAUAAUAAUAAUUAAUAUUAGGAAUUAUAUACAUGUUUUCAUUUUAUGAAAAUUUGUGAGAAUAUUUUACAUUGUUUUUGUAAAGAAAAAAAAUUUACAGCUGCUGUGAUUGUAUGUUGCUUAAAAAAAGAAAAAAUAUUUGCUUGAUAUCAAAUUUCACUACUUUUUAAUAAGUAUAUAAAAUAAUAAAUCUUGCAAUGUUAAUUAAUAUCAAAGAGGCCUUAGUCAAUUUAUUAAAUUCACGUUCAAAUAAACGCAGGUAUUAAUUGUGUAUAAGAAAUAUUUUUUAGUUUAUUUUAUUAAUUAUUACUUUGUAAUUAUUAAUUUUUAUAUUUGAAUCUUUAAAAAGACACUUUUAUGUUUAUUUUAUUAGUAGAUAGCUUUAUUCAAAAUUAUAUUAUUUGUUUUGUGAAAUAAAAAAAUUGUUGGGUUUAAAACAGGGACAUUUGUAUACUUUAAGCAUUUGCUCAUUGUAAAAAUUAAUUUUGUAUAGUUGAAUCAUAAUUAGUGAAGUAAAAGAUAAAAUAAAAUAUUGACAGAAAUUUAAAUAUAUUAUUAAUUUAAAUAUUAUUCAUCAGUGCUCUAAUUAUGAUUUGUAGGUAUGAAUUGUAGUUCGAUAGUAGAAAGAUAUCGAAUCUAAAAAUCAUGUAUUAUCAAACUACUGUGUCGACUGAUAUUACACAAUUUGUGUUGUAAUAACUACAUAAUAAUUAAUAGUGAGUCUGAUAAAUGCUUUUUGACUCGGUUAUUUAGAUGUUAUUAUAUAUUGUACCGUUAUACAAGUAAUUAAAAUUUUUUCAUAAUUUAAUUCUACAAAAAAUCAUCGAGUGCGAUUGUAAAACUUUAAUAAUAUUACAAAUUUGUAAAAGAUUCAAGUGUGAAUUAGUAUUAAUUAUCAAUAAUGUAAAUAUCCUAAUAAAAACUAUGAUACAAAUUA